GACCGUUUGUCAAGAAGAUGAACGCAUAACCUUUGUGCGUGCGGCCACUCUGACGCGGCAACCUUUUGCUAUCAUUGUUGCCACCGUUGCCUCAUCUUGUUCUUGCUGACGCAUGUCCAAGUUAUAGAAGGCAGAUCUCAAGGUGAAAUUUUUUCUUCUUCUUCUUUAUCUGUUGUCAUUCCAGGGUUUUUAUGCGUUGUAACUUGACGACUAUCGGGUUUUGCGUUGACCAAUUCAGUCAAUCGGGUUUCGCAUUGACUAACUCAGUCAGGGGAAAGGCAGAAGGUGAGCACUACUUUUCUAGUGUCUUUUUUCUCCUCCACUCUUCCUCUGUUGAUAUUCACCUGCUGGAAAAAAGAAAAAAGAAAAAACGUUUGAGCUCAUCUCUGCCAUCGGGCUCGAGUUGUGACCGUAAGGGGGGUCGGAGUUCAAUCGCCUGUACGUGACCGGAGUGUGGUAGUGCGAGCUCGGGAAAAAAAAGAUGUCGGGUGCGGUCGCAGCGUUGUUUGGGAGGAAGAAGGAAGAAGGGCCAGUGGUUGCCUUCUGGGAUGCGCCUGAGAGGUGUGGAUGGUUGAUGAAGCAGGGGGAGUAUAUAAAGACGUGGCGACGGCGUUGGUUUGUUCUGAAAGAUGGAAAGAUCUUCUGGUUCAAGGAGGAGAGGAUCACCCCAUCGUCGAAACCGAGGGGCGUGAUCUCCGUCAACAGCUGCCUGACAAUCAAGGGUGCGGAGGAGACGAUCAACAAGCCGCAUGCUUUCGAGCUUUCCACGAGCGUGGAAACAAUGUAUUUUAUUGCCGAUUCGGAGAAGGAGAAAGAGGAUUGGAUCAACUCUGUUGGGCGGUCGAUCGUUCGUCACUCGAAAUCUGUCACGGAGAAGGAGGUGCUUGAUUACGAGUGUGGAGGCAACUCGCAGGGAAGAAGCAGGGCUUGAGUGAUGAAAUCCCAGUUAUAAUGGGAGUGGAGACCUCGUUGACUCGUUCUCUCGCACACUAGUUGGUGAUGCCAGAUUUUUUUUUUUUUUUUUUUUUUUUUUUUUUUUUUUUUUUUUUUUUUUUUUCUGUUCAACUCAUUGGCAGUUUUCGUAGGUUGUAGAAUGGCAUCUCAGGUGCCGGUCCCAUGUGGCUGAAUGGUACACACGCGGAAAAAGAACCAAAAACAAAUUCACAUGAAUACUGGCAGCAUGAAGAGUACACUGAUGAGCCGUUCAUAAUAGACCGUGGUAAAGUCCUCUGGUACAAUGAUAAUUGGAAUAGAAUAAUGUUUGGGGAAAGGGUAGAGGCACAGUCGCACUAUCAGGCUGGCAAAGACAGACCGCAUCUCUGUCUGCUCCUUCGGGGGGCUGAGCAGAUAUGUGCGUAUCACGACACGACACGACACGGCACGACACAACACGGCACGACACAACAUGAAAGAAUACCACACAGCAUGAAACGACAUGAUACGAUAUGAUACAGCAGGACACAAUGCGACACAACAAUGCGAUACAAGGACAGAAAACUGCACAACACAUGUCAUGAUGUCAUGGCAGGAUACUGCGUAAGAAGACAACGCGCAACAUGGCAUAGAAUGACCGCUUGAGACUUGGAUAUUUUUCUGUUUUGCCAUUUUUCCUUGGUUCCUCGUUCGGAAAGGAUACCACAUAUGACCGUAUUUUUCUUUUCGUGCCCCUUUUCCAGAAAUGGUUUUAUACAUAUCUGUUUCAAAUUCUCCCAGAGAUAAUCUUGUCUGUAAAUGAACGAAGGGUUUGUGG